AUGUUUCAAUCUGCAUCCUCACCCUCACCAUGUCCUCCUACACUCAACAUCAACAAACGACUUUCAGUCACAUCACCAACUUCUCCAGAAAUAGAAGGUAGCUCGACAGAUGCUUCACUCAUGAUUGAAAGUGUCAACAAAAUGGCACAGCAAGUUACAGAUACAUUAUUAGUGAGAUUAAUUGGAGCUGUGGAUUUGGUUCCGAUGGAUAAGAAUGGACUUUCUGAUCCCUACACCAUUGUGAGUUUUGCCAACAUGAACAACAAUUCUCUCGAAUCAUGGUUCACUGCAAAAACUUCAAUCAAGAAAAAAACUCUCAAUCCCAACUGGAAUGAAACUUUUAACAUUUCACUCACGGAGCAAUGGAUGAAAAGCAUUCCGAGUCCAAAUACUAAAUCUCCGACGUCUCCGCCAACCGUGACGCCAUCCUUAUCCACUCAGUUCGACCCAGCUGCAAAUUUAUUUUCAACUUCGUAUUUGAGUUUUAAAGUGAUGGAUUGGGAUAAAUUUUCAAGUGACGACGAGGAAGGAGAUUAUGUAUUGAAAUUGAAUUCCAUUCCUGAUUUUUCAGAUGCUUCUGUGAGUAUGAAGCUGAAUCAUGCUGAACAUGGAGUGUUAAAUGUUGGAUUUAAAUUGAAAUGCACUCCACGUCCAUCAUUGAAUGAAAUGGUGUUGGUGAAACCUGUGAAGAGAGCAGAUUUUGUGAGAUCGACACGAAAUUCUUGGUUGACAGGAAGUGUAAUUUAUCCAUUGAGUCCUUGGGAAUUGGUUCCUGAAAUGCAUCGAGUUUGGGAAAAGGCUCAAGAAGAUUUAAUUGAUAUGCUCGAUUCUCAUAAUAGUGUCACAGAUAAUGACAAUUCUAGUAAUAGUAAUAGUAGUGGAAGAGUGUCAAGGAGAUUCUCGUUGAGAAGAAAUUCAAAGAAUUUGACGCAGAAAUUAUCUACUGUUUUGGCAGGAGAGAAUUUUCCUAAAUGGAAAGAAGAACGUUCGAAUAGCUCUUCAACGGUGACACUCUCGACCGAUGCAGAAUAUUAUUUCAUGGGAAAUCCAUCCAUAGUGGAUCGAGUGUUUGUUCAAUUAUUGGUCGGUUGUCAUGAAAAUCAAAUUUUCCAAGAUAUUUUAAAUGGUUUGGAGAGAGAUCUGAAAAUUAUCAAUGUCAAAUAUAACGAUGAAGGAAUGCAACAAGUUCGAUCCAACAUUCGAAAAGAAGAUGAAAAUUCUCGAAAGAAUUUUCUCGUCAUGUCCAUCGUUGCUGAUCUUGAUAUUAGAGACGCCGUUGCAAAACUUGAUGGAAAAAUACCAAAAUCUCUACACACUCAAUAUCCUUCAAAAGUGAAUGUUGAAGGAUCAAUUUACGUGCUCGAUAUUGGAUGUCAUGCAAAAUUACUCUAUGUUUACAUUUCAAAUUGUGGAAAGCCAAAUAUUGUGCCAUUUGUAGAACUCGUUGGAAAUUCAAUUCCUUCCUCUUCGAGUACCUUAUUUGAAUCUCUGUAUUUGGAUUUAGAUGAUUCAUUGUGGGUGAAAUGUCCCUACGGUUGGGAACAUCAUGAAUCUGGAGAAAAGACAAAUUCCUAUCUCAUUUCCCCCAUUCAAAAACGGGCUUUCGAGGAAGGAAAAUCGUUUUGCAUUGAUAGAUUUGCCAUGAAGAAAUUAGAUGUCCUCGUGCCAGAAGUCACAGAACCAAUUUUGUCAAACAUGAGUCAAGCCAAGUUGGAUUCUGUCAUGAAUUCACACAACAAGUGUGAAAUUAAGAAACCAGUCGAGAGGCGAGUGUUUACUAAUUCGAGUAAGAAGGAAAUUGUGACUUUUAUGUUUGAAUUGGAAUAUGAUUUGAGAGAUGAUUCCACUGCUACUGUGAAUCGAGUGACACAUAUUGAAGCAUUGAUCAAUACGACUGGAAGUUGUGUGUGGUCCUUGUCGUAUCUGUCGAAUUUGGACUCAGGAUAUCGUGGUCUUUUUGAAACUAUAAUUUCUGAAAUCAAGACUGCAGAGUAUUAA